AUGCAGAGGCCGUUAACCGGAGCAGUGCGAUGGCUGCUUCUGAGCGACCUCCACUUCAAGCACCAAGACCUCGACCGGAUCUGGCAGACGGCGCAAUGGAUUGCUUCCGAGGCGAAGCGAAACCAGGUCCAGCGGGUGGUGAUUUGCGGCGACCUGCUGACCAGCCGCACGAUGCAGUCAACACAUGUGCUGUCUGCGUGCUACCGCUUCAUCAGCCUCCUCAGCGAUAUCGUGCCGCGAGUGCACGUCUUGCUGGGCAAUCAUGAUCUCGCCUACCGCCGCGACUACCAGACUACAGCUCUUGACGCUCUCAACAUCAACCGAUUGGCCCCCUAUGUAUCGCUGCAUAGCAGCAUUGCCCGUCUUGAAUGGGACGGCCGGAGCGUCUUGCUGCUGCCGUUCCGCGAGGAGCAGGAUGAGCUGACCGAGGCUGUGGCCUCUCUUGGCCCCAGUGAGGCGAGCAAGACGGUUGUUUUUGCUCAUCUCGCCAUCAACAAGGCUAUCACGCAGCGAUAUGUGGUAAACACCAACGUCAACAAACCCCACGCGGCAAGCUCCAUCACGCAUCGCGGCUUGACAGGCCCAGAUCGGUUUGCUUCUCUAGCCCGAACAUUCACGGGGCAUUUUCACAGUCAUCAAAUCAUUGUCCAGAAACAAACUCGGCACAAAAGCCCGGUCGACAUGAGAGGAAGCAUCACGUAUCUUGGCUCCCCCUUGCAGCUGAAUUGGGCCGAUCUCAACGACGAGCAACGAGGUGUCGUCUUGUUCAAUCCAGAAACGCUCGAGUACGAAUUUCUUAUCAACCCGUAUGCGGUUAACUACAUAACGGCCGAUAUACGCCGACUUCUUGAUGGUCAGAUUGAUAAAGGUGCCAUCGAGGGCAAACAUGUCAUGCUCCUUGGCGAGCUUACCCAUCACAACUACGUCACAGCUCGCGAAAAUCUUCUGUCCCUAGGAGUACGAAGUGUACGAGACUGGGCUCCCGUAGCAUUUACUCUGCGGGCUGGCUUCGGCGCAUCGGUGCCAGCCAGUGAUGCCGCCGUCCAGCUCUCGGAGGAGCCUGCCAAGAAUGAGACGGGCGAAGGCAUAACGACUGACGCAGUUUUAGAUUCUGACAUUGAGUCUGACCAAGGAGCUGAAAAACUCGAUUUCGCUGGGGAAAUUCGCAAGUAUGUCGAAUCAUUAGACUUGGACAAGUCUCUUCUUAGGCGACAGGAUGAGUUAACGUGGGUUGGCCAACGUAUAAUCCAUGCCUCCCGCGAAAUGGCCGACCAGGAUAAAAAGGCUGAUGUUAGCUACCAAGACUUCCUCGAUAGGUCAACACGAUUUACGGAUACGAAGACCGCAACUGAGCCAUCAACUGAUGUCUUUGUGGCCGAACCGCGCAGGCUCACUAUCACCAACUUCCUUGGCGUGCAGACAACCACCACUAUCGACUUUGAACAGAAUCUUCCACGAGGAUUGACCUUCUUGGUCGGAAAAAACGGGUCUGGCAAGAGCACACUUGUCGAGGCGAUGGUUUGGUGCCAAUUUGGAUCGUGCGUUCGCAGCGGAUUAAAGGUUGACGAGGUCGUCAAUGACCAUGUGGGCAAGAACUGCUCUGUUGUGCUCGAGUUCGCCAAUGGAUACACCAUCGCGCGAUAUCGCAAGCACAAGAACUUUGGCAACCGCAUCGUCGUUUCGUUGCACGGUGAACCGCAGCCUCAAUUCGAGCAUCCACUCAACCGUACGACGCAGGAGGCUAUCAAUGACCUGCUUGGCACCGACUACAAGACAUAUGUCAAGACAGUUGUUUUGAGCCAGGAGAGCGCAGCAAGCUUUCUGAACUCGACGUCAAAGGAGCGGAGUAUCUUUAUCGAGGCAUCACUCGGACUGUCAAUAUUGGAUCAGUGCUCUGAAGUAUCUAAGCUGCCCCUUCAGGAUAUCAACAGCGAUGUGAACAAGUUAGAGAUGAAGCUAGACGGCUUGAUCCAAAAGAAAGGAUAUAUUGAAGACCAGAUUGAAGUCUUGAAUCAGACGCGAAAACGACUCAUAAAAGAGGCUGAGAAGGUAGUCACAUCUCUAAGUACAGCAACUCAAAAGCAUACAGAUUCCAUUUCAAGAAUCAAUGAACUAGGCCUCGCUGAUGAGGGAUACGCACGAAAUAAAGAUGAACAAUCCAUGGCCGGUACAAACCCCGCAGACUGCGGGCAACAUAUCAUGGUCGGAGGCAGGAGAGCUCAGGGUUUCCCGAAGUUGAACCAACCCGCUGGGCUUAACAUGAAUUUUGACGACGAGAUUUCACUGCUGCAAGAUCAAAUAUACAGUGAGCGGGGAAAUAUGAACCGAAUGGAGAAAUCGCUUGCUCAGAUACGGAAACAGAAGAUCGCAAAACCGGCGUCAUGGCUUGGACAAUUGAAAGAGCAAACAACUCAAAGACUUAAAGCUACGACGGCAGCUCACCCUGUAGGUGUGCACAAGAUCUUACACGCCGCGAAGAUUUCUAUACUCUACUUUCAAUUGAUAGCCAUUGGGGGCCUCUUGCUCAUUGCCUGA